CCAACUGCUUAGGGAUAGCCCAGCAGGCUCACUUGUCCAUGAGCUUAGAGAGAGCAGGAUGUUCUCUUGCGGUCUUUGGACUACUCGAGGCUCAGGCCUCAAGAAAGACAAGAGUGAAGGCAAUGGAGGGAUCUGGAAAUUCAUGAUUUUUUCUUGCCUCCGAUGCCUCUGGCCAUUUGCCCAGAAGGAAACAGAAUUGAUGCAGGACAGCCAGGUGCAGGACCACACAGACAAGGGUGAGCAUGAGUGUACCCCAAAGGACAUGAAGGAGCCAUGUAGAGAGUUCCGCAUCACUGCAGACAUGGUGGGAAAGCUGGUGAACCACUUGGUGCCAUCCCUGCGGGGUGGAGACCGCUUCUUUGCCCCUGCCUUCCUGGAUGCAUACAGAAGUUUCACUACCACAAAGCAUGUGAUGGAUCUCCUGUUGAAACGGUAUGCAUACUUCUGCCCGGAUUGCAAAGAGGAUGAACAAGUAAAGAGCAUCCUCUGUUCUUUCCUGGACACAUGGAUAGACAAAUACCCUGAGGAGUUUUGUCAGACCUCAGACCUGUCCAUCCUGAAAAAGCUGAAGGCCUACUUGAGUGUGAACAUGCCCUACUCUGAUCUGAAACUUCGUGUUCAUAUUCUUCUCAUGGAAUUGCAACAAGAGUCCAAUGAGUCAGAGAGAGCGGAUGAAGAAGACUCAGAUCUGGGGAGCCACAUAUCUGGAGAUUCAGAAAUUGACUUGUGGGUUCCGUCAGUGAAACUGCAGCUGGAACCAGAUUGGGCACCAGUGACAGAGAGCCCCCAAUCCACCAGAAUGUUCUGCUAUUGGAGCCAGAUGUAACAUCAGUGGUCCGGCCAGCACACCUGCUAGCAGCUGUGGAACCUGUGGUCACCAUGUCAGCACGGUGGUCUUUCACACAUCUUGCCCUUGGUGCAGUAGGUCUACCUCCUUAGAGAAUGACUCUGUCACCCCCUAUCACCAAGGGGGUCUAUUUGUUCAGACAGCACCAGUCUGAUGUCCCAACCGAAUCAUUUCCUGAUGUUAAUGUAGCAGCUCUCCCUGACCUGCAUCCAUCUCUCACAUUCCCCUGAGAAAUAAGUCGUUUUACUCCUCUGAUUUUUUCAAUGUUUCAUGCUUCUAAUUAUUGGUUUUAAUAAAUUGUUAGUAUUUGUUUCAUU